AUCUGGUCUGUUCCGUCUCAGAGAUAACCAGCAGCUCCCAGUUUUUUAUGUCUGCCUGUGUCAUGCUCUGUUAAGCACUUUACAUGUAUGACCACGUUUAGCCUUCAGAACCUUCUUUAUAGGAGAGGACACAGACUCGUGGUAGUACCUCCCCUGAGGUCACGCCACUUAGCGUCCUGGGACUGGUACAGAUCUUGUGCCCACGCCUUCACCACUUCUCCUUUCUCACUGCCCGGAUAGAAGAGGCCUGAGCCUGCAGGUGAAGGGCUCGGCCAAGGCAGCUUCCAGAACACAGUGCUUCCUGCUGGGCCGUAGAUCCGUGGGGUAGCGCACCUGCCAGGGGGUAGGGAAACGGACGCUCUGGUGGCUGCAUUCAGCACACGGGACUCGAGUGGGCAUCUGAGACUUGCAUUCUUCCUCAGGCCCAUUCUGUGUGCAAGGUAGAGUUUAGCGUUCCUUCCAGUGCCGUCCGGUCUGAUGGUCUAAGUGAUGGAAAUGAACGCGGAGCACGGAUCGGGCUACCGGCAGGAGUUCAGGGGCAAGGGAGAUGCCAUGCACGUGGAAGUAGGGCCGUGGGCCAAACCACAGAACAGAAAAUUGGAACAGAAUUAUAUAAAUCAAGGUCAGAAAUUUCCUGUUCAACCCACAGGGUGGAGUUUUCUCCAUUCCUGUCCAUCCGACUGAAUAUAAACCCUGAUUUGAUGUCAGCAGCUAGAGGAGCAGCUGUUAGGACUCUCGUUUCAGCUCUCAGCAUUCAUCAUGAAUGUCAAGGUGGCCCUCCUGUUCCUGGCACUGUCCCUCAUCACCAUCUUUGCCCUGACCUAUGUAUUGCUGACCGGCCACGGGGGCUCCAGCCAGCCUCCCCACUGCCCCUCUGUAUCCCACAGUGCCCAGCACUGGACACACACUGGCCAGAGCCAGCUGUUUGCAGACCUGAGCCCAGAGGAGUUGACGGCUGUGGCGAGCUUUCUGACCCAGCAGCUGGGGCCAGGCCUGGUGGAUGCAGCCCAGGCCCGCCCCUCGGACAACUGCAUCUUCUCAGUGGAGCUGCAACUGCCCCCCAAGGCUGCGGCCCUGGCCCACCUGGACAGGGGGAGCCCCCCACCUGCCCGGGAGGCCCUGGCCAUCAUCAUUUUUGGCGGACAACCCCAGCCCAACGUGAGUGAGCUGGUGGUGGGACCACUGCCCCACCCUUCCUACCUUCGGGAUGUGACUGUGGAGCGUCACGGGGGCCCCCUGCCGUAUCACCAGCGCCCCGUACUGACAACUGAGUAUGCUCAGAUGUGGAAGCAUUUGAAAGAGGUGGAACUACCCAAGGCACCAGUCUUCCUUGCUUCAGUCUUCAACUACAAUGGCUCCACUCUGGCACCUAUACAGGCCACUCCUAGGGGCUUGCGCACAGGGGACCGUACUACCUGGAUUGCCCUCCACCAUAACAUCUCAGGUGUUGGGAUGUUCCUUCACCCAGUGGGGCUGGAGCUACUGCUGGACCACAGGGCCCUGGAUCCUGCCCACUGGGCUGUCCAGCGGGUCUUCUACCUUGGGCGCUACUAUGCAGACUUGGGCCAGUUGGAACGGGAGUUUAAGGCUGGCCGACUGGAAGUGGUUAGAGUUCCUCUACCCCUGCCAAAUGGGGCUUCAUCCCUAAGGCCCCGUGUCCCCCCAGGUCCUCUUCCCCCUCUUCAGUUCUCACCCCAGGGCUCCCAGUACAGUGUACGAGGGAACCUGGUGGCGUCCUCCCUCUGGACAUUUACCUUUGGCCAUGGGGUGUUCAGUGGCAUGAGGAUUUUCGAUGUUCGGUUCAAGGGCGAGCGAGUGGCCUAUGAAGUCAGUGUCCAGGAGUGUCUGUCUGUCUAUGGUGCUGAUUCACCCAAGACAAUGAUGACCCGAUACUUGGAUAGCAGCUAUGGACUCGGCAGUCACAGCCGGGGCUUGGUGCGGGGUGUGGACUGCCCCUAUCAAUCUGCAAUGGUGGACGUCCACGUGUUAGUGGGCAAAGGGGCAGUCCAGCUGCUCCCAGGGGCUGUGUGUGUGUUUGAGGAGGCCCAAGGACUACCCCUUCGAAGGCAUCACAAUCACCUCCAGAGUCAUUUCUACGGUGGUCUGGCCAGCUCAGCCCUCGUAGUCAGGUCUGUGUCGACCGUCGGCAACUAUGACUACAUUUGGGACUUUGCGUUGUACCCAAAUGGGGCGCUCGAAGGGCGGGUCCACGCCACGGGCUUUGUCAACACAGCUUUCCUGAGUGGCGGGGAGGAAAGCCUCCUCUUCGGCAACCGCGUGGGGGAACAGGUGCUGGGCACGGUGCACACCCACGCCUUCCACUUCAAGCUGGACCUGGAUGUAGCAGGGCUGAAAAACUGGGUGGUGGCUGAAGACGUGGCGUUUAAACCCGUGGCAGCUCCCUGGAGUCCAGAGCACCAAUUGCAGCGCCCACAGCUGACCCGGCAGGUCCUGGAACGGGAGGACCUGACAGCUUUUUCCCUGGGCAACCCCCUUCCUCGCUAUCUUUACCUGGCCAGCAACCAGACUAACGCUUGGGGUCACCAGCGCGGGUACCGAAUACAGAUCCACAGCCCCCUUGGCGUACACAUCCCCCUGGAGAGUGACAUGGAGAGGGCGCUCAGCUGGGGGAGAUACCAGCUCGCGGUGACCCGGAGGAAAGAGGAGGAGUCACAGAGCAGCAGCAUCUAUUACCAGAAUGACAUCUGGACACCCACUGUUGUCUUUGCUGACUUCAUCGAUAAUGAGACGCUCUUAGGAGAGGACCUGGUGGCCUGGGUUACAGCCAGCUUCCUGCACAUCCCCCAUGCUGAGGACAUCCCCAACACUGUCACUGUGGGGAACAAAGUUGGCUUCUUGCUCCGACCCUAUAACUUCUUCGAUGAGGACCCCUCCAUCUUCUCCCCCGGCAGCGUCUACUUUGAGAAGGGCCAGGAUGCCGGGCUCUGCAGUGUCAACCCUGCGGCCUGCACCCCCCACCUGGCAGCCUGUGUCCCGGACUUGCCCCCUUUCUCUUACCAAGACUUUUAACCCCGGGGGUGCGGUGGGGCAUGGUGGGGG